CAGUUGAGUGACGCCGUCGGACCGAGUGAGCCAGCGGUGCGGUGGUGUCUGGUGCCGACAGUGGUGACCUGCUGUGGUGCGUUGGUGACUCACGGGCGCCCGCCGGAUCGGCCCCUCGUGGUGAGCGACCUGCGUGGACCCCGGAGCGGCCGACGCAGCAGAGGUGGAGCUCUCUGGGCAUGCUUCACAGACGCGUCUGGCCAUGGUGGUGAGGUCAGAGACGUCGGAUCGGCUGGAGGGCAUCCAGCUGAGUCCCGAGCCGCCGCCCUCCCCAGCCGGCUCACCGUCUGUGCCUCACGACGGCGAUGGCCGUCAGCUCAAAGACGCCCUCAAGAAGGGCGGCAAACGCAUCUUCCCGCUGUACGACAACUUCAGUAAGACGGUGAAGCGGCACCGAGAGAAGUCCCGGGAGCGCGAGAAGUCGCGCGACAUCGUCCGACAGCGGGAGAAGUUGAGACUGCAAGAGGAGGAAAGUGCUGCUAACGUGCAGAACAGUGCUAAUGGCGGCAGCGAUUCGGCGACGAAACUACAGGCCGAUGAAGAGGAGCGUGGCAGGGACAAGACCAAGGAGAAGCGACGCUUCUACUUGCGUGAUAAGUCACGAGAUAAGAAGAAAAACAAGGACAAGGCGAAGGAGAAGAACGAGAAGAGUGCGGUAGAGGAGGAUGUGACUGAUAUUAGGCGGCAGCGUCUGACGGUGGAGACGUGCGACUCCUCCCGUCCCAGCUCUUCAUACAGCUCUCGUGAUGACUCGGCCAUCUAUGGCGCCGUCGAGAUGCUGUCCGUCCCCUCGGGCGCCGCGGCCCGCGACCCGCGAUCCUCCGCCGCGUCGCUGUCUCGGUCCGGCUCUGGCAGCUCCGCUCAGUCGGCAACCCAGAGGUCAGCAGCUUCUCUCCCGGCUCCAGCAUCUUCCUCAGCGUCCACUGCGCCGGUGACCGCUGGCCGACCGGCUUCUGCUGUGGUUGGUUCCGCCAGUGCCACGGCAGCGCCUCGAACGCUGCCGUCUGACCCGUCGCCGCUACAGAACCGUCUGACGUGCCCUCCGGACUGGGCCGAGUACGGUGCUGUGUACGGGGCGGUGGACGGUCGCGGUGAGCUGUACGAGUCGCCUCUGGGACGGUACGGAGCAGGCAGUGCCCGGUACUUUACCCUGGAGCAGACGGAGUCCAGGCGCACACCUGAGCACGAUUAUGAGACGUUUGAGAACGUGCUUGGAGAGACGGCAGCCGUCGGAGCGUCAACAUCGCAGGCGUCGUCAGGGCAGCCUCCACCUGUGCCACCGUCUCCUGAUAAACCGCCUCCGGUUCCCCCGUCUAUUGAGAAGUCGCCACAGGUCCCUCCAUCAAUAGAAAAGCCCCCUCCCGUUCCUCCGUCUCCAGAGAAGUCUCCUUCAGCACAGCCUUCUUCGCCCCCUCCUCUGCCGUCACCUUCCCCGUCAUUACAGCCUCCCCCGAGACCGCCGGCCCCCGGCCAGUCCUCCUCCGGGUCGGUGACGUCAAGAUCAUCGUCACCGGGUCCGCUGCCUCCCAGAUUAGUCCCUCCCGCACAGCCAGCGACCGGGAGGAUAUCUGCAAACCCUGUGCCUCCCAGGAAGGGUUCGCUCGGUUCGGCAACUAGUAAUGAGACGACUACUGGACAGACAGCUGCAAAACAAACAUCGUUCGAGAGAGCUUCCUCAUUGAAAGUUAUCUCAGGAAAACUGAGCUCCGGAAAUGUAUUUCACGAGCCAGAAUCCAGUAAAGUUGGUUCUCAUCAGGUAAAACGGCCGACUGCUGAACAAGUCUCUCCUCCGCCAGUGUCGCCAAACGCCGAUCAGGAAACGGCGCAGAGAGCUGUCAUUGAUAAGGCGGCAGAGAAAAUUGAGAAACCCCCGGCGACAGACAAACCGGAGCCGACGGCUGCUAAGGCCGACUCAGCGCCACCGUCUCUGACGUCACCAGCACCGCACGAUUCCCCGAAGGUCCAGGAAGAGAUCACGCGCCCGGACGUACCGACGGACGCGUCUCCGGCCGCCCCGCUCCCCGGUGGCUGUGACGCGCCGGACGCGGCCGCUGCGACAGACGUUGCAGCGAGCGCGAGCGCGCAGCAGUCCCCGGCACCGCCGCUGCCAAAUCAGCCCCAGACGGUCAACACUGCGCAGGCCGAUAGGAUUGAUACGCCGCCCAGUGCAAAGCGCUCAGAGACGCCAGUGUCAGUCAGUGCCACGCGUCACUCGAGCGGGGAGACAGCGUCAGCGAGCGACUCCAGCGAUAAGGUGAAAACCUCACGGAGGUUUCUGUCGUUCCCGUCUCGCGGUAGUGGCAAAGCGACCACGAAGCGCUCGUUCCUGAGCAGCCUGCUUCGGCCGGAUGGCGCUUCUCCGGAACCAGUGUUGGACGGGCGGUCGUCGCCGAGUGACGUGAACAAGACUAAAUCGCUCCCGGCAAAGUACAGAGAGUUUUUCCGAGACAGAAAGUCGGCCCGUGCCGAGAGAACGGAAAGUGCCAGUCCUGUGCCGAGUGAUAAGAACCUCAUUGGAAAGCGAGUUUCGAGUGCUACGAGUGUUACCAGUGCCGCGAGUGACGCGAGCGCCAAUAGUGCUGCUAAGGACGCCGCCCGAGAGGCCAAGCGCGCUGACGGAGAAGUGGUAGAGAUCGAGUUACCAGGCGUGUUUGGCAGAAAUCAAAUGCGCGCCAGCCUGCGCAUCACGCUCAAAGGGAAGGGAGCAGAGCGUGGCGCCGGUAGCGCGGAUGGUAAAGAGAAUCGCGGCAGUGCGGGGAUGGCGGCGGGCGAAGAAGGUGCGAUGGUGGCUAGUCGAGCCCUCCAGGAACUGGUCCGCUCCCGCGCCAGUCAGGGAAAACCGCUGACCAAGCGGGAUGAGCAGCGGCUGUCCGUUGCCAUUGCACCAGAGACUGUGUCUGCGCUGACAAGCAAAUUCAACGCACUCAUCCAGGCAUCCACUUCAGCCGAGAACUCUCCGUCGCCGACCGGCGCCAAGACGUUCAACUUGGGCUCCAUCACAGUCGAUAAGGCGGGCAACGUCGCCAAGCCGAAAGCUGCCUCCUUCCGGAGGUCGGAUGCAGCGAGGUUGUCAGCAAGGCGCCGAGUGGCUGCGAGACACGCAGCGGCACAGGCGCAGCAGCCAGAGUCAACCCUCGUCAGUCGAGCGUCCGCAGCUCUCAGCCGACGAGCAACGUCCCCCUCCCCCAGUCGAGUGUCGGGAGCACACUCCGGCCCCUCCUCGUUCCGCCAAACCAAGCCGGCGGCUGUCGAAGGGGAAAAGACUUCUACAGAUGCCAAUAACGAAGGCAAAGGCGCUGGCAAGACUGCCACCAAAGUCUCUGCGGUCAAGACUACGGCGAAGGCCGUCGUCAAACCUACCGGAAAGCCAGUGGUCAAGGCGGCUUCUUUCCGAAAGACAAAACCUGGUGGCGGCUUCUGUCGGGACGCGACGCGGCUCUCGGGCCGACGAAGAGUGGCUGAUGUCAGCGGUAGGCAGCUGGGAUGGACAUCUGCUGUCAGAGCUGAACAGAAGAAGAACGCUCCCGUCAAAACAGAGGUUAUCGCUGAAGACAAGCCCGCUGCUAGAGGCAGCACGGGGCUGUCAAAGAAAUCUGAGACCGCUUCUGUGCAAAGCCUUGCAAAGAAGGAAAAGUUUACUCAAGGGAAGACAGCUGAUGCUCCCCCUAAAAGAGAGACGGCUGCUGUUUCUGAUUUAGUUCCUAAGAACAACAAUGAGGAGAUAACGUUGCGUCGACGAACUAACACGCUGGGCUCAGUCGACAAGAAACAUAACUCCCUAACAUCAAGCAGAACGUAUGCAUCUCCCACGAAACGCUCUGAAACGGUUUCUGUCAACAAAGAGAGUAGUACUCAAAAGAAGUCGGACGUGUCCGUCGGUCACAAGACACAAGACACGUCAAAUGAACCAAAGAAGGUUGACUCAAGCGACCAGAAGAAGACACUUUGUACGACAGACCAGAAGAAGCCGGCAACCAAGAAGCCAGUUCGAGAAAAGACCGACGUGACGAAGAUUUUCGACAGAGAAUUGCGCAAGAUCACCAACACUGGAACAGUUGCGAAGGCCAGUGAGCUGUGGCUGAAGAUGGCCCAGUCAAACAGCAGCACUACACCGGGACGCAACACGAAGCUCACCAGCUCCGAUAGGGUGCACGGUAGUGCGGCGUCCGUGUCGAAACUCAGGAGCCAACUGUCCUUCGGUGAGAAAACAGACCUGACCACUCGGGACAAAGCGGACACUUUGAGGAGCUCAGUGCCUGACGGCCGAGUUGCGACCGAUAUCAGCGUUUUGCGACGCUCCUUGACACUUGGCAAGACUGAGAAGAUAGAGGCUUCCCAACUGCCAGAAAAGGAAGCCGUUAAAGCUGCGUCCUUGGCUGAUGAGAAAGGAGGAAAAAGGGAAAGUAACUCUGCUGCGAGGGAGCUGACUGAGAGCAAGAAACGUGAGAAAGAAAUGUCCAAAGACACAAAGAAUGAAAAAGAACCAACGAAGGAACAGCCAACAACCAAACUGUCUGAUUCGCCCAAACAACAUGGAAAGAAUGCUAAAGAAGAUAAAACAAAGGCCAAUGUGAAAGACAGUGAUAAAGAAACAUCAAGUGACAAAGCUUCAUUUGUUCCCAAGCAGCCUGCCGACAAAGUAAGCAAGCUAAUGAGCUCACUCACCAAGUCGUCGCCGUCCGUAAAGACCAAGGAUGAGCCGAAAAUCAGCAUGGCGGUGGAUAAUAACCUCUACGGCACUGCAUAUGUGACCAGCUGUCAGUCGAAGCGCAGUUUUGACAACAAGCUCUACGGCGAGACCUUUACCCCAAUUCAGACCAGCAUCCACAAGUACGUCACGGUCGCCACUCAGGGUCAGAAACUGUCGCAGACGGCAGCUGCUGCCCAGAAGGCCGGUCAUCCCCCAGUCGGAAAGAGUCUCUCACUGAGAUCCCUCCCGGGGAACCGUCUGGAAGGUCGCGUCAAGGAUGUCAUCCAUCGAUUUGAGGCUCCUGCGACAUCAACGAGCGCUCAUUCGGCUCUGUCGCAGAGGGAGGCGGCGCUGAAGUCUGCCACGCUGCCGUCGCGGAUGCCAACCGUCCUGCUGCCGCUGGGUCGCGGGACGACGUCCCGCCUCAGCUGCAUGCCGGCCUUCUACGAGUCCAUCUGGGAGGGCCAGCGCGAGUACAAGCCCAACGAAUCGUUCCUGUGGCACGGCAGCUCGCAGCUCACUUCCUGCGGCGAGUCCGGCUCGGCCGGCUCCAGCUUCAGCGACCGAGACACCGCGUCGACUCUCAGCGACGCCAGCUCCCUGGCCGAGGAGGAGGCUGCCGCGCGCGCCCGAAGCUCCCUCCUGCGCCGGCUGGCCGCCCGCGGUCCGCCCGCUGCCGCCCCCGCCCCCGCCCCGGCCAUGGCGGCGGCUGACUACGAGCCGGGCGGCUCCAGCAGCUCAGGCACUGUCACCUACGAGAAUGGCUCCGACCCGGGAUACGAGCGCAUCAGUGGCGAGAGUUGCGCUGGCUACGAACAGAUCGGUUCGCGGUAUGAACGUGUGGGCGGUGCGCCGCCGAGUGAGACCACAUCAGCCGGGUAUGAAACGCUCGCGCCUCCAUCCGAAACCUCCACACUGUGUUACGAUGACUGUGUAGUGCCGGCGCGACUGGCUGUGGUGAGUGAACACCAGAAGGAGAGUCUCAACUACCUGGAGACGGGUUACGAGGACAUCAGCGGCGGCUGGCUGGGACGCGCUCUGGCCGAGGGCGCCGCCGGCAAACCGACGCCGCUGCAGCCGUUCGACGAAGAGGCAGAGGAAACCGACGACGAGGACGAUGGACCGCAGACGGUCAACAGCUACCAGCUGACCGACUUCGGGGUGGACCAGGUGGCAGCACCGGCGCCCCAGCAGAUGUCGCUGCCGUCCACCCCUCGGGACCGGAUGCCAUCGGACCGUGACACAGGUGGCGAGUGGACCGACAUCGACGCCGACGGGGAACAGGAGGCCAGUGACGACACUGAGGCCAGUGCCGACUCACCCAUGGUCGUCACUCGGCCGCACUUUGUUCGUGUUCGUAGCCGAAGGAGUCGCCGAUUCUCCAAGACUCGCGCCGGACGACGGUCGUGGUCCCAGUCGUCGAAGCAGGAUCCUCGGCCGAAGGAGGGACCCUGGAGACAUACGACGAUGAACGCCAAUGCGGUAGACGGUGCGGAAUGCCAGCUGAUAAUGUUGAACUUUUCACUGAGGAUGCCGGAGAACCUGCCGCGCCCGCUGCCGCCGCCCCGGCCACCCAAACUCGUCUCAUCGGCAUCGUCUCGUAGUUUCGAUGGCCACCCUCGCAAGCUGCUGGCGACGGCGGCGCUGUCUCCGGAGAUAUACAUGACUGCUGCGGAUGCUGUACAGUCAGCUCCAGCGACCGCUACAACGACUUUGUCAGCCCCAGCCCCGGCCACGGCGACGGACACAACCACGACACAGGCAAAGGAGAAUGGGACUGUAGCAGUGGGCCGGGCCGGUGCGUCAGUUGUGAGGCGGAACACCAAGCCAAAGCCGCCGCCGCUGCCGCCGAAGCCUGUGCUGACCCGGAAACAGACUGGCAGGAGGGUGACGAUAGCGGGAGUGCCUUCGGCGCCGGUGCCAGUGGUGUUGCCGACGCCGUCAGGCACGCCGCCUCUGAGUCUUGCGUCAGAUAUCAGCACGGCAUCAGAGAGUGAUACGGUCUCUGAGACGAGCACACUGCUGGCGCCGGAGUCGACGUCAGGACAGGAGCCCGGAGUGAGUGAGGAGAGAGAUACAGUGGAGAGGUUGGCAGACAGUCCUCUGAAUGACAGCGGCGUGGGAAGUGAGGCGGGCUCCGACCCGCCGGGCAGUGUGCACUCGUGGCUGUACAGCUCGCGGGCUCCGUCACGGGUAGCCCCUCCGCCUCCUCUGACUACCUCCGCCUCCUGCGACCGGGUCAGUCCAGCGCCUCCUCCGCUGCCUCCAUCAGGACCCUCUCGUCGUCACAGCGCCGCGCUGCCGCCAGACCGAGGACCCGUACCGGAGCUGCCUCCGCGCCGACCGUCCGACCGUCGACACAGCCUCGUCAGCGGACAUCUUCCGCUAGAACCGGGCCCAGAGCCGCCGCCGAGACCGUCCAGCGCACAGGCACGGGACGUGACGCCGACACCCUGCCCACUGCGCGCGGGGAGCUCCAACUCCAGUUUGACGUCUUCGCUCGACUCGUCGAGCAGGACGGUGACGCCCCGCAAACUCCGUCUACCCGACCCGCCACCCGAGGAAGAUUCAGUGUACGUGGUGUCGGCUACGUCAGUCAUCUACAUCGGCAACGAGAGCUCACACGACCCCGGCGAUUACGACGCGCCUUAUGAGCGUAAUUAUUACAACGCGGCGCGGCCACGCGCUGUCACAGAUAACAGCGCCGUGCUGAAGCACACGUGCCAUGAAGAGAAUGGCGAGCUGCAAGAGCUCUCCGUGUGGAUGGACAACGAAGGCGGGGACACCGACGACGAAUGGCUGGACGAUGGCCACCUCUACGAGGCACUGGACUCUCACUACGAGCCUGUCGGCGCAGUGCCAGAGGCAGUCGACUCAGAUGACGAUGUGGUAGAGGAGGAGGACAAGGAGCUGGGUGAUGAGGAGCUGGAUCAGGACAACGCUGAGCCUUCCAAUGGCAUGCAGAAGAUCGCUGAGGGCAUGCGGCGUCUGCAGAAAAACUGGAACUCGACAAAAUCAGACAUCCGCUCCGGCAUCAGCCGCAUCCGGAAAAAGUCGACAUCCGCGCCUGAACAGACCAUCACAGUUCCAGUGUCAGUGGUCAUCAAGCCCACCAAAUGGUGGAUGAAGAACCGCCACCGGAAGAAGAAGAGCAUCUCGGGCACUGCGGGCGCCACGGGCGACUCGUCCACCUUCUAUCUUGACCUGGUCAUCCAGCCGGGACAGGCUGAGGAGGCAGCGGCAGCGGCGACGGGAGCAGCUGAGGAGGAGGGUGACAUUCGGUCCGAGAGCGACCCCGGAUCCAACCGGUCAUCGGUCAGGCGCUCAGACACGGACAGCCUGUCGAGUCUGCAGCAGGCUGACUCCCGCGUGCGGCUGCCCUCUACCCAGUCCAGCUCGUCCCGAGAGUCGGCUGGCGCCUCGGCAGCGCGUAAGGCCCGGCCACGCGCCGCCCCGCCGGCGCCGCCAGCCGCCCUGGCGGCCGCCCCCGCCAACCCACCGCACCCGGCACGCUUGUCCGACGCGUCCAGUCCGGGCUUCGCUCGCUCUCUCUCCACCCACUCUCAGCCGUCUCCGCGCACUCUCUCGGCGUUCCGGCACGCUGCCUCGCUCGAGUCGAGCUCACCUCCACCCCUGCCUCCGGCGGUGCGCGUGCCUCGUCACCCUCUACCAGACGGCGCCGAGCCCGGCCGGCCGCCGCCGCCGCGGCUGGAGCGCAGCAGCGCCAUCUGCCCCGAGCCCCCGCCGCCAGCGCCACCUGCCGCGCCGGCGCCGCCUCCGCCGCCGGCAGCCUCCAGUCACGAUAACUCUGAGUAUAUGCUAUCGGCGGAUCCGGCGGCGGCGGCCUCGGCUGCAGCGGCGGCAGCGGCAGCGGAGGAGGAGCAAUACACCAGCCUGCUGGACAAGGAACCCCUGUAUCAGGUGUACCUGCAGAACCGGUGUUACCAGGAGUCGGUCAGCGUCAGCUCUGAAGACGACUACGAAACCAUCCGCGAGUCAUCACCGGCCGUCGGCGUUGACGCGGAGUGCAGCUCGGACCCGCCGCCACCUCCGCCGCCCGCCAGACGCCGCAUGCCGUCGCGUCCGUCGGCCAUCGAGCUGCUGUCGGCGCCGGCGGAGGGUCAGAGAUCACUCUGGUGUCAGCUGCCAGAGGUCAUCAGCAGUGGUGUACUCGACUCGCUGAGCAGCGAGCAGAAGCGUCUUCAGGAGGCCCUGUUCGAGGUCAUCAGCUCAGAGGCCUCGUACCAGAAGUCGCUCUCGGUACUGGUGCGCCAUUUUAAGGAGGAGCCCACUCUGUGCGAGUUCCAGUCACCAGACUGUGUCAUCAAUAAGGCCGACUACCAGGCACUCUUCUCCAACGCCGACAAAGUGCGCCAGUGCUCGGAGGCGUUCCUGACCGGUCUGGAGCGGACCUGGCAGGAGAAUGUGAUGCUGCAUGGUCUAUGUGAGGUGAUACAGACCCACGCCGCCACAGACUUCCAGGCGUACAAACACUACUGCGCUAACCAGAUUAUCCAGGACAGGAAACUCAAGGAGCUCAGAGACAAGAAUCCUGCGUUCGUGGAGGUGCUGAAGCGUCUGGAGGCGUCGCCGCAGUGUCAGAGCCUGAGUCUGCACUCGUUCCUGAUGCUGCCGAUGCAGAGGGUAACGCGACUGCCGCUCCUCGUCUCCGCCAUCCUGGUCAAGCUGGAGCCGGGACACCCCGAGUACAAUAGCUGUCAGCAGGCCUACCAAACUCUCACUCAGCUGGUGAAGGACUGUAACGAGGAGGCCCGCCGGAACGAACGGCUCGAGGAACUGGUCUCCAUCAGUCGACAGCUGGUCUUCAAGGACAUCAAAUCCUUCCCUCUAGUCACUAAGAGCCGAUGGCUCAUCAAGAAGGGGGAGCUGGUGCGGACCAUCUACAAGGCUGAUGACUCGAAGCUUACCUUUGGACGAAAACAGACGCGGCAACAGACUGUGCACGUCUUCCUCUUCAACGACCUGCUCCUCAUCUCAAAGAGGAAAGGUGACGACUCGUACACGGUACUGGACUACUGUCUGAGGAACAUGGUUCAGCUAACGGAGAACGCCGAGGAUCGGGCUGAAAAGUUCCUCCUCACCCUGCUCAACAACCACGAGGGCAAGACGGUCGAAAUGCUGUUCUGCUGCCCGGUCGAGUCAGAGCGGGUCCGCUGGCUGGAGGCGGUGAUGCCCAAACCGCAGCGCACCGAUACGGAGACCGUCUACGAGAGCUGGGACUGCCCCCAGGUGCAGGCCAUGCACCCGUACACGGCUCAACAGCCCGACGAGCUGACCCUGCAGAUUGGUGACGUCAUGAAGGUGCACAGAAAGGUGCCCGAUGGCUGGUACCAGGGGAUGCGUCUGAUGGACUCGGCCACCGGCUGGUUCCCCAGUAACCGCUGCCAGGAGAUCAUGUCGGAGCACGUGCGAGCCCGCCACCUGCGACAGCGCUACGAGGUGCUGCGCAUCACGGGCGACUUCCUGCGCCAGGAGCGCGAGCGCAAACUGCGCGCCGAAAAGGAGGCGGGCCGGGGCGGGUCGCCGCCGUCCGAGCGGGCGGCGGCCGUCUGAGGUGCCGCCCCCGCCCCCGCCCCCGCCCCCACCCCCGCCCGGUGUGGGGAGUCCAGCCCUGUGUUCGAACUGGCAGUCCUGCCGACUGGCGCCGCGCGCUCCCAGCUGUGACCGCGGACCCGGACACGGCGCCGGUGUGUCCGGAUCCCACGGACCGAGCGCGGAUCCCCGGUCACCGCGCGCGUGAGUCGUAUUCACAUUCCUGUUGUGAACUCGGGUGACAGGAUCUGUUGCUGCCAAACCCAAUGUGAUAUUGUUUUAGAUAUGUUGGCCGAUGUAACUUGUAGUAGGCAGAUGGUUCACUAAUGUGUUUAUUAACAUGGCGGCGCGCUGAGCAGUAGGUCGUAUCUCAGUCAGUUGUUGGCGAGCUGCAGUCGCAUCGUGAAGUCUCGUGUUAAGUCGUCGGCGCGGUUAGAAUAUCAGCGUUGACGGCAAUAAUGUUGUAAAUAUUCCAUGUGGAGCCUUAAGAAUGCCGCUUUAUUCAUUGCAAUACAGAAUGCUCA